GCGCCAGGCAGCGAGAAGGCAAUAGAGAAGAUCCAAGGUUGGUGGCGCGAUGCGGGCUUGGUACAAGGCUGUGAGCACCAAGUACCCACGCAUCGUGGCGGGCUGUACGGCGUCGUGCGUGCUGGCCUCCGCGGACGUGACCUGCCAAACGAUGCUGCAGCGCGACGACCGGGGUCGGCUCGACCUCUCGCGCACGGCCGGCCUCGCCCUCUUUGGCCUCGUCUACUAUGGCGGGCCGUGCAAGAGCUUGUACCUGUACUUUGACAAGGUCAUGGGCACGACGCCGACGCCACGCACGGUGCUGCUCCAGACGUUCAUCGACUGCUACAUCCACACGCCGCUGCUGCUCAUCCCAUCGUUCUACUACAUCACUAACGCGGUCAAGGGCAAGAGCGUCGAGGAGACCACGCUCCAGCUCAAGCGCGAGUGGCACACCGCGUCGUUCGGGUCGGUGCUCUUCUGGACGCCGGCGCAGAUUCUCAACUUUUGGGUCGUGCCGCAGCACUCCAAGAUCCUCUUCGUCGCUGGCCUCUCGUUCGUGCACAAGACAUGGCUCUCGUGGCUCUCGAACCGCGACGACCACGCCAAGGUGCUGCUUCUUGCGAGCCAGAAAAGCUAGAUUUGAUGUAUUGAAACAAAGCCUUGAAUGGCGCGAACGAAAGAUGACCGAUGG